AUUUGAUGUGCUUCUAUAAAGGACGAACUAUAUUUGAAAUGUUAGUUGCUGUGCGAGAAGCUAUCUGAUCGGACGCUAACUAGUCUAUUUAAUGCUUCCAGCUGAUUGCGGACCAAGAUGUUUCUGAGUGUUGUCAUGGUGAUGUAUGUCAUAACGCCAGGCGUCAAGACUCAAAACACUAUCACGCCAGUUGGCUUCACCAAUGAAACAAGAGGCGACUUGUCGCUGGCACCCCAGCAAAGUGGGUUAACGAAUGAGCCAAGUGACGUAUCAUCACCGGCACCCCAGCCAAGUGGGUUAACGAAUGAGCCAAGUGACGUAUCAUCAGCGGCACCCCAGCCAAGUGGGUUAACGAAUGAGCCAAGUGACGUAUCAUCACCGGCACCCCAGCCAAGUGGGUUAACGAAUGAGCCAAGUGACGUAUCAUCACCGGCACCCCAGCCAAGUGGGUUAACGAAUGAGCCAAGUGACGUAUCAUCACCGGCACCCCAGCCAAGUGGGUUAACGAAUGAGCCAAGUGACGUAUCAUCACCGGCUAUCCAGCCAAUUGGCUUCACCAAUGAAACAAGAGGCGACUUGUCACUGGUUUCAGCUGUCAAAGAAGCUAGUAUAAAGGUUGCUACCACUUUCCAAGUCGUAUGCGAUAAAUGCGACUACGACAAAGGCUAUGGCUACGUGAGAGAUCCACACGACUGCGACACCUACUACCAGUGCGUGAAGGACAGGAAGAUCUACUACACAUUUCACUGCUCCCCCGGUCUUGUGUGGGACAACAAGGCUCUGACUUGCAACUGGCCGCAUCUCGUGCACGGCUGCAGCGAACAGCCAGACCCAUGUGAGUUCAUGGCGUCAGACCCAGACAACCCCUACGGCUACAAGGUGCUCACCUCGGGGAAUUGGCUAUUCAAGACUUGUCCAGUCGGAGAGAUGUAUGACCCUCACACAUGCACGUGUGUACCGGACCCUUGUUACAACAAGGAGCACGACCCGAGAAACCCCAGGGGCUACAAGCUGUACGUUAAUAGGAAAUGGGUAAUGAAGCUCUGCGCAUUCUGGCAGAUCUACAAUCCCAAAACCUGCACAUGUGUGGCCGACCCUUGCUACCAGAAAAAGGCCCACCCAGCUAACAAGCACGUGUACCUGCAGUAUGUCCACUACAAAUGGAUCGUGCGUCCGUGUGCACAAGGAACGGCUUACAACAAAACCUCCUGCAACUGCGACAUACACUCCAGCGUGUCCAGCAUUCAAGGUUGUACGCCUGUUCUGUAUCUACCUCUGUUCUACAACACCAAAGACGUCGCUCACAACCACCACGUGGACAACCACGGCGUGUACAUCCACUACGACAUCCCUGCAGCAGUGUGGGACGGCAGUAGCUCUCUCAGCGUCCCUUACUUCAGAAACGGUUACUAUGGUGAUGAGCUGACCAUAUCCUUUUACUACUUCCGCGUUGACAACACCACCCGCGUCGUUGUGAGCAACUCAUUGUGCGAUGGUGAAGAAGCCACCAUCUACAUCAUCGUGGUCUUCGACGGAGUCUGUUUCCAUGUCACAAACCAUUACGGACAAAAAGUUGUGAUGUGUGUUCCAUGUCCGGCAGCAACAGGUUGGAGCUUUGCCAUGUUGAAAAUCCAUAAUGGUAAAAUGAUUGGCGUCACUGGAUCGGACUACAAGGUGCUGGACUUCUAUGGCAAGAUAUCCCCAACAAAAUGCCCGUUGAGUAUCGGAAAAGGCCUGGAUCACCCCAACUUCUACGGGAAAAUUGUCCAGUUUGUGAUGUACGUUGGGUGCAAUCCUCAUCUCUUCCGCAACGCCUCUGCCCUUGUCAGGGAGGGUAGCGUCAGUACUCCCCUUGUCGGAACCACAGAAGUCCCCAGCCUGUGACGUCUUAAACGUAUUGGACAUCACCAACCAUGUAUCUCAACUCGGUGUCAACUGUAUACAUAAUUCUGUCUUGUUGUAGUAUCUUAUGUGUAUUUUCAUGCUGUGUGAUGCAUCUCUAGCCAAUCUGUCUCCUGCCUCGUGUCCUCUGUGUAUACUUCCUGUGUGAUACUUCCUGUCUCUUGUGUGUCCCUGCAUCUCUAGCCAAUCUGUCUCUUGCCUCGUGUCCUCUGUAUACUUCCUGUGUGAUGCAUCUCUAGCCAAUCUGUCUCUUGCCUCGUGUCCUCUGUAUACUUCCUGUGUGAUGCAUCUCUAGCCAAUCUGUCUCUUGCCUCGUGUCCUCUGUAUACUUCCUGUGUGAUGCAUCUCUAGCCAAUCUGUCUCUUGCCUCGUGUCCUCUGUAUACUUCCUGUGUGAUGCAUAUCUAGCCAAUCUGUCUCUUGCCCUCGUGUCCUCUGUAUACUUCCUGUGUGAUGUAUCUCUAGCCAAUCUGUCUCUUGCCCUCGUGUCCUCUGUGUACUUCCUGUGUGAUGCAUCUCUAGCCAAUCUGUCUCUUGCCCUCGUGUCCUCUGUAUACUUCCUGUGUGAUGCAUCUCUCGCCAAUCUGUCUCUUGCCCUCGUGUCCUCUGUAUACUUCCUGUGUGAUGCAUCUCUCGCCAAUCUGUCUCUUGCACUAGUUUCCAUGAUAUGCGUACUUCCUGUGUGAUGCAUCUCUCGCCCACCGAUGUCUUUCCGUCAUGUUCUCUGUAUGUGUACUUCCUAUCAUCACACGGCACGGUCCCCACACACCUGGACACCUCUACUGCUUCCUAUCAUCACACGGCACGGUCCCUACACACCUGGACACCUCUACUGCUUCCUAUCAUCACACGGCACGGUCCCCACACACCUGGACACCUCUACUGCUUCAUGUAACUUGCUGUACCUACUACAGUCCGUUUGAGUCAAAUUCUCCCCUAAUUAAUUUCCCUCAAAAGAAAUAAUCGGAAAUGACUCAAUCCAACACCAAAGCGACAGAAUUUCGCUAUAAUUUAACAGUGGACCACCCCUCUCACGUCGUUCUACACACUUUUCUUCUCUAGAGCUUCCUGUCACCUGCACCUGCUAUCCCCGACAGUAGACCACUCUUCUCACCCAAUCCUACACCCUUUUCUUCUCUAGAGUUUCCUGUCACCUGCACCUGCUAUCCCCGACAGUGGACCACUCUUCUCACCCAAUCCUACACCCUUUUCUUCUCUAGAGCUUCCUGUCACCUGCACCUGCUAUCCCCGACAGUGGACCACUCUUCUCACCCCAUCCUACACCCUUUUCUUCUCUAGAGCUUCCUGUCACCCAUGCCACUGACAAUCAUUUCUGUGAUGAAGAUAUACGAUUGAAACAGCUCUUCUUCCCGAGACUAGUUUGGAUUGUUCUGUCAUUGUGUACACAUAUCACUGAUCACAUAGGGACACUGGCGAUGAAAUACUGAACGUUGAAGUGCCUAGUAAGCUGCUGACGCUACCGGGGACACCUUCCCCAUUCCUUCUCUUUUCUUGCUUCUGUACAUCGCCUCUUAUUUGAUCGCAUUAGUAUUUUAUUGUGGACAGAUUGAUCUACGGCAAAUAAACGUUUCUCAGCAUUG